UUCCUCUCUUCCUCUUUGAUUCCGCGAUUCACAGACUGCCAUUAUUUCUCAUCACUACACUCUACACUCAAGAAACCUUUCCCAACACAGACUGUCCAAUACGGGAUUUUGUCCUUACUUUUGAGACAACACAAAAUCAAAACCACCACCCUCAUUUGACCAUCUUGAUUAACUAAUUAAUUAGCUUAUUCACUAAAAUAUCGACACAUGUAAUUAAUAUUCUUUAUCCCCCAAAGAACAUAACCGGAAAAAUCAAAGCAGGGUUGGCUUCAGUUCCUCAAUACACAUAAUUAACACACAAAUAAAUAAAUUACCUCCUUAAUCAAUCUACCCAUAUCUGGAAAACUUAUUAGCUUCAUCACCCAUUGCAUCCAAUUCCAUUCUUCUUUCUCCUUUCCAUGCUUCAUUUUCUUUUCUUUCCUUUCCUUUUUUUGGCCUUUCCUACUUACUUUGCCUCCUCCCAUUUCCCCUUUUUGCAAUUGGACCUUAGAGAAGCAAGAAGGCCGGCCACAAAAUCUACUAUGCGGAGGAAUGUGCGUGUGAACUGUGAAGAGAAAUUCAAAGCUGUCACCAUUUCAGGCUUCAUAGUUGGUGCCUUUUGCCAAAGCAUACUUCGAGACUAGAGUCUCCCACUUCCACUAUAAAACCCUCCCUCCACCUUCCUCUAAAACCUCCCUCACCCUCUUCAUUUCUGCUCCCAAAGUUCCAUUCUUUCCCUUCUUCCCACUCUUCCCCAACCUUCUUUUCUCAGCGACCAAACAGAUACAGAGCCAAUGUGCCAGCAGCAAGUCUCCCUUCCCAUGAGCCAGGGAGAUGACCACCAACCCCAAUGCUGCUUCCCACAACCUCACCUUGUCACCAUCAAACACAAACAGCAACAACAACACAACAACAACAUGUCCACACCAUUGAUCUCCACAACCCCAACAACUUUAGAUACUGAUGCAACUGCCACUAAACCAGCAGCAAGAGCACCCGUUGUUGCAGAGGCAAUCUCCAUAGCCAGAAUAGCCUUCCCAAUGAUCCUAACAGGGAUACUCCUCUACUCCCGCUCCAUGAUCUCCAUGCUCUUCCUAGGCCGACAAGGCGAGCCCAACUUAGCUGGGGGCUCGCUCGCCCUAGGCUUCGCCAACAUUACGGGCUACUCCAUCCUGUUCGGUCUUGCCAUGGGGAUGGAGCCUAUAUGUGGCCAGGCCUUUGGUGCAAAGAAACACCGCCUCCUCGGUAUCACUCUGCAACGAACGAUCCUGCUUCUGAUCCUAACUUCGUUACCCAUCACUUUCCUAUGGCUAAACAUGAAACCAAUCCUGUUGUUCUGCGGGCAGGAUGUGGAAAUCGCAUCGAAAGCACAAUUGUACCUAAUUUACUCUGUUCCUGACCUUCUACCCCAAUCUUUCCUCCACCCACUGAGAAUCUACCUCAGAGCUCAAUCCAUAACCUUACCACUAACAUUCUGCGCCACGAUUUCCAUUCUCCUACACAUACCAAUCAACUACUACCUCGUCACCAACCUCGAUUUGGGGAUCAAAGGCGUCGCCUUGAGUGGGGUAGGGACCAAUUUCAACCUCGUCGCUUCCCUAAUCCUCUACAUCAUCUUCUCCGGAGUCCACAAGAAGACCUGGGGCGGAUUCUCGCUCGAAUGCUUCAAGGAAUGGAAGUCACUCCUCGAUUUGGCUAUCCCUAGAUGCAUCUCCGUCUGCCUCGAGUGGUGGUGGUACGAGAUCAUGAUCCUCCUCUGCGGUUUGCUGAUAAACCCUAGAGCAACCAUCGCUUCAAUGGGGAUUCUGAUCCAAACCACUUCGCUAAUCUACAUCUUCCCGUCCUCCCUGAGCUUCAGCGUCUCGACGAGGGUGGGGAACGAAUUGGGCGCGAAUCGGCCGGGGAAGGCGAAGACGGCCGCCGUCGUGGGACUCUGUUCGAGCUUCUUCCUCGGGUUCGCGGCGCUGAGCUUUGCGAUUAACGUGAGGAAAAUCUGGGCGACGAUGUUUACGAAGGACGAAGAGAUUGUGGCGUUGACGGCGAUUGUUCUGCCGAUCAUCGGGCUGUGCGAGCUGGGGAAUUGCCCGCAGACGACGGGGUGCGGGGUUCUGAGAGGGACGGCGAGGCCGAGAAUUGGGGCGAAUAUCAAUUUGGGGUGCUUUUACCUGGUCGGGACGCCGGUCGCGGGUUGGUUGGCGUUUUGGGCCGGGUUUGGCUUCCAAGUGUUGUGGCUCGGCCUGCUGGCGGCCCAGGGGUCGUGUGCGUUGACUAUGUUGGUCGUUUUGGGCCGGACCGAUUGGGAGAGGGAAGCUCGGAGGGCCCAAAAGCUGACAGGCAAAUUUGGCUCGUCAUUAUGACGUGGAUCAGGAGGAGGAAGAUGAUAUUAAUAAGAAGGAUUUGGCAACUAAUUAUCAUAACGGUGAAAUCGAGGAGGAUUGUUUAUAUUCUUUUGGUGACAGAUUGGAUGGAAAAUACUCAAUUGUUUAAUCCAUCUACGAAUAAUUUUUUUUGUUUGUUCUUUCAAUUAUUUUUUACGAAGAUAAAUAGUUUAUACAGAU